AGUUGGCAUUUAUUUAGUCGAUUUUUUUGAGAUUUCGAUCGAAUUGAAGUUCUAAAAUUGUGGUCCACAAAACAAAAUAGAGCAUUUUCAAUAAUCAUUUCACUGUGUUCCUCCAUUUUAAGUGAAAAAAACGUGUUUUCACAACUUCUCAAGUGCACAACGUUUUAGAUAACGCGAUUUUGGAAAGGUUGCGGACAAGUUUCGUAGAAAUGCGCAAGAAGCCAUACAUACAUCGCCAUGACCGCCAUAUAAAGUUCUAAUUUACCGUACUGUGGUAUUCAGUGCUAAUUUUAUCAUUUAAAAAUUGUUUUAUUUUUACUGAAAAGUAAAAUAGUGCAAAAAUAGUGUUAUUCUUGUGUUUUGGUUGCUGAAAUAGUCAAAAUAUUUUGGUUUUUUGUAUGAACUGGUUAGAUUACUUAAUUCCUUUGUGGGCGCUCUACGCAGAGCCAAUACCUAUUUAAUGAUUUUUGCAGCAAUAAAUUUAAAAUUAAGUGUUACUCAAGUUUCUAAAGAUAAUUUUACUGUAGCUGUUGGGUUCUGGUCUGAACUAUCUUUUUUUAUUAUUGAAAGGCAUAUGUAGACUUUUGGGUUAAGGUACCUAUAUAGAUAUACAAUGCAAGUGAAUAACGUACAAACUUGUUACAAUAAUUUAAGGUGAAAUUCAAGAACAAACAAAGUAAUAGUGAAAUACUUACUAUUUUUGUAUAAAAAAAAAAACAAAAGUAGUCUGGAAGCAUGGCUACCAAAAUAGAAAUAAAAAUUGAGCCGCAAGAUCCAGAGAGUGAUGAACAGGAUGGAAUGGAUUCAAAUUUGAAUAUGGAACAACCUGGAUGUUCACUGAACCCAGUGUUAAAUGAACACUAUGUCGAAAUAAAGCAGGAGGUGCCCGAUAUACAAAUUAAAUUAGAGCCAUUAGAAGAAGAACCUCAAGAUGAGUACGAAAUGAGUGGCUUAGAUCCCGAGAUGGUGUUGAUGAAACUGGAGCACCAUAUGUAUGAAAGUGAUGAGACAAUAAAAUUACCGCGAGCAAGAGUUGUGAAUUACAAAGAAGAUGACUCAGAUGAGGAGUAUCUGCCUCACAUGAAAACUGUCAAAAGAACCCCAAAGAAAUAUCGUAAGCAAGAGCCAAAUGUCAAACCUGUGUUUAAAGGUCGAUCUAGAACAGAUGAACAAACCUAUUCAGAGGAAGUAACCAACAACAUAGAGAUAGUGACCAUAGACGAACAAGCGAGACAGGCUGAGCAUGAAGAGACAGUGAGGGCGCGAAAACACAUGAACUAUACUUGCGAGCUUUGUGCUGUGGGAUUCGUUAUCAAAGAGGCUUAUGACAUGCACUUGAAGAUGCAUUCACCUGAAGCUGGGGCUCAGGAAUGUGACAUAUGCAAACUUCGUUUAAAAACUCAGGACAUGCUGUAUCAGCACAAGCUGCGGCACUACCGGCGGUACCGGUGCUCCAUAUGCCGUUUUCUGCAGAAGGAUAAGGACACAGUAGCUGCGCACAUCAUGAGUGAGCAUACAGGGACUGCGUUUGUAUGCCAACACUGCGGGCGGGACUAUAAACGGCCGGCGUACCUCAGUCGCCACAUCAAGCAAAUGCACACCAAACCCAUCCGACUGGAAUGUCCCAUCUGUCAGCGCGUGUUCCACGAGCGAGGCUGGUACCGCUGCCAUGUCAGAACUCAUAACGAGCAAGUAAAACGGAGCAUAACUCGGAAAGUGACGUGCGCGCACUGCGGGCGCGACUUCCGCAACAAGUCCUAUCUCAUCCGACAUCUGUUCGUGCACGAGGACAAGCAGCCCGCGACCUGCAAAGUUUGUUCUAGAACGUUCAAGAACAGCGAGGUGCUGCGCGUCCACAUACGACAGCAUCACGGACAGAACCCACCACGGGACUAUGCAGACAGUGUUCAAUCAACAAGGCUAUCGAGGUUCGGCGCGGACACGACAUGCGUGGUAUGCGGACGCAUCCUCACCACGCCGGCCAUGCUCAACCGACACAUGCAACGCAUGCACACCGAGCGAAUCAAGAGAUUCCAGUGCGACUACUGCCAAAGAUGCUACUAUUCGAAGGCAGAGGUGCGCGCGCAUAUAGAGUGGACUCACCUGCAGCAACGCAAGCACGCAUGCGCGUGCGGGCGCGUCUUCCGGUCACCCGCGCUACUGCAGCACCACGCAUUAACAAGACACCUUAACAUACACCAGCCCAAGGACAAGAGCUGUACGGUCUGCGGGAAGAUGUUUGCGAACCAACAAGUGUUAACGCGCCACGUAAAAAGUCACUCCGGGGAGACGUACCCGUGCACGGAGUGCGGACAGAAGUUCAAGACGCAGUCCUACGUCAAAGUGCACUACAAGAUCAAGCACCUCAACAUGACGCGCGCGCAGGUCAAGGCCCAGAGCAAACGGAAACUCAUCAUGAUCCACUCCGAAGAACCCAUGAAGGCCAAACUCAAAACUAGCAAAAAAUCCAAACUCAAUACCGUAGACCCGUUGAAUUUAGACAAUUUUGAAAGCAAAAUCAAAGAGUCAGUCGAAAAGGAUGUGAAAAAAGAGGUGUCGGAUCCGCCUGUACCUGUGCCUCUCUUUGAAACGUUUGUCGAUAUACAGAGGGAAUGUUGAAUAGAAUUUAAUUAUUUAGAUAAAGCCGUGAUGGCCUAGUGGUUAAUACGUCUGCCUCGUAUUUGGGAGGUCAGGGGUUCGAUCCGGGGCACGCAACUCUAACUUUUCGGAGUUACUACAUUUCAGUAAUUUAUAUCACUUGCUUUAAACAGUGACGGAAAACAUCGUGGGGAAACUUGCAAGCCUGAGAGUUCUCCAGGGUCUGUGAAGGCUGCGAAUCCACACUUGGUGUCCACCCGCGUGGUGGACUAUGGCCAAACCCUUUGAAAGGAGACCUUGACCUCAAGCCGGGGUCCGGAGUUCGAUCCUGGGUACGCACCUCUAACUUUUCGGAGUUAUGGCGCUUGAAGCGGGUUUCCAAAACCGACAGGUCGGUGCGGGCCGGUACCGAUCGGUGCGGGUAAAAUAUUGAUCAUCAUCAUCAGCCUGUGGAAGUCCACUGUUGGACAUAGGCUUCCCUAAAGAGUGCCAACACACCCGGUCCUCAGCCUUCCUCAACCAGCCACUUACCGCCAACCUCUUUAUAUCGUCAUAGAGUGACGCUAGAGGGCGUCCCACACUGCUUGCUUAUACGCAGUCUCCACUCAAGGACUCCGCCAACGGCCAUCGCCUCUACGACAAGCAUGGCCUCCCCACUGCCACUUCUGCUUGCUAAUAGUUUGGGCUAUAUCAGUCACCUUGGUUCUCCUCAUUUCGAAUCUUAUCCCUCAGUGAAACUCCCAACA